CAAUAUACGACGCGGAGUUCACUUUCCGGUUUCCCCGUGUCAUUCAUCGUCUCUGCCGACGUUUAUUGCGGCCGUAUUAUUCGUUCACACUUACGAACGAGAUGAACGUUUAUGUACGGCGGAGAGGUAUUUAUCGCGGAAGCUUUAUCGAAAAAGAUUUCCGUUCGAAACGUUCGGCACGCGAAUGUCCGCAACGCGACGCAGUGCGGUGUUACUGGCCGAGACUUCGAAGUCACGGAGCCUGGCGAAGGAUUUGAAAGCCCUGCGAGCGUUUUAAACUCGCGCUCGAAUUUCGCAGAUGUGCACGUGGACGUGGGUAAAAGUGUGCGCCGUAGGUUAUGUUGCGUUAUGUUUAUCGUUCGCCAGCAGUGAAAUAUAGCACGCGGUGAUGAAAUAAAUAGACACAACACAAUAUGACCUUUGGACAAUUGUGCGCGUCGACAGUUUUCCCUGUUGCUGCUGUGGUGCAGCGCAGUGCAUUCGCGAUGACAUCGCGAUGAUUUAUUUUCCGCGCAACGUGACGACGACCUGUCGAGAAGUGCAAUGAUCUUAAUAAUAAUAAUAAUAAUAAUGGACUGAUAGAACGUUCGCGUUUCGAGUCAUGGCGAGUAAUACAAAAAAUGAGGAAAGAACCGUUCUGGAAGCGGAAACGGUAUUUUUACUAAUGAAGAAGGGUUUCCCCAUCUCUCGCAAUGUAAGGGCCCAAUGGUUGCUGGAGCAUUUGGACUCUGUGAUAAGCAUACAGUGUCCGAGUAUGAAAAAUAAAGAGGCACCCGAACUGGAAAUUGUAUCGGUGUUGCCAAAAGAUAAGCCUACAGCUUGGUCUAUAGAUACUAGCCAUCAAUUUCUUUAUAAAGUUGUUUCCGCAACUUCGAUUGUAUUCCUCGCGCACAAAUACAGGAUGGUCUUUAGUUUAGAUUUAAGCCCGUCUCUUGCCACUGUGGAUAUACAACACGGGGAAAUUGUUAUUGACGAAGUAUGCCUAGCGACUAAGCGGUGUCUGGAAGGCAUAACCAGACCAUUUACGAUACCAGGCAGCAAGCGUGUGAUGCAACCUGAGAUUUAUGUGACUGUGAUAGCUCAUACGCCAUUCUUUACAAACCCGGCGCAGCAAGUACUGGUACAAGGGUGGUUGAUCACCGCGGAUAACGUGAACUCUCUAACGCAGUACGUCGAGAAGCAACUGUACUUGUUGGAGGAGAGAGUGGCGACCGUUACCGCUGUAGCUAAUCAGCAAUUAGAACAUUUAAGAGCGGAAAGCGAGCGUUUGGUGGGUGGGCUCUUCGACGAGAGCGGUAACUGCUUGAACAAAAGUAGCAGUAGUUGUACAGCCAAUAUCUCCAUGGUUUCGCCGGAAGCCAGUUUUGUAAAUAUGCUGAGAUACGGAAUGCUAGCUCUAACACUCUUGCCUGAGCACAGCUGCGCACACAUGGUUGUAAUCUCGGACGGUAUCGUCGGAGUUAAGGACGUUCACGCGUUAGACUCAAUCGUGCAACAACUGCGCGCAACGACGGUCGCGUGCAGUUUUUUACACGUGGGGAGCGCGUAUCAUCCGCAUUGCGCGGACGGUCUAGUACCGUACCAAGAUCUGCUAUAUUUCAUCGCUGCUGCUACGCUCGGUAGUUACAUGUCCUUCAAUUCAUACGUUGUAUCUGCACAUGGAACGGAUAUGAAUCUUUACCACAGGAAUUUCCUCUGCUGGCAAUUGUAUCGAGAUGUGCCCUACGAUAGUACGCCGGACAGUCGUAUCUGUUGGCGAACUGAGAACAACUGCUUCGACGGGCACAAAACCGAUCAGUUGCUGAGGAAGAAGCAGAUCGACGACAAGGUUACCUGUACCUUGAGCAGCUUGCUGUGUUGCCGUCUGAGGGAAGGGUAUUUGAUAAAAAGGGCCGGCGUACGAGACGACGUUCUUGAGAUCAAUUUCGUGCUGCUGUGGAAGAGCAACGUCUCCUUGGAAUAUCUGGUCACGUGCCCGUGGUCUUCGAAAUCACUGUCCCAGUCCAAUGUGAUACAAUACGUUAUCACCAUAGAAGCGCCGUAUGAGUUUUUACACGACAUCACAUGCCUGUCGAAGAAGCCGUUGAAGUCGAAUUACCGUCAGGGAGUCGUCUCUUGCUUCUGGACGGCACUGACGUCCUUGACCGAGAGCGACAAUACUUUGGCGCACUUCAGCUGGUUUCCAGGAUCCGGAUGGACUUGGUACAGCGUCCCGGACACCAUUCGAAGCGGGAUGCCGGUGUUUUACUUGUCGUCCUACCCGUCACCAAGUACAGUACAACUUAGCGACGCAGCCUGCCCGCAGUUCGGGCAAAUAUGGCAACCAGUCGUCUCCCUGGACCCGCUUCAGUGGGCGCGCUGGAUGCACACGCAGAGAGUCACGUUGAUCCUGUCGUACGACAGGCCCUUGCCGAGGCAUCUUCACCAGGCGAAUCAGAGCGGUCGUUUCCAGUGCGUCCAGAGCCGGCAGGCAGCGGCCGUUCUGUACGCUAUGCUGAAGAACUGGGCGACCUUCGUGCUGAUCGAGAACCACACGUACGUUCAGUUCAUAUACAGGGAGGCGGAGAAACCACCGGUGUCGUUCUCGCUGAUCCGCAUUAACUGCAAAGCGCUCUGCGUCGUGCUCAAUAUAGCAUUCGCCGGCGGCACCGAAGGUGUCGUCCGUCACAACGUGGUCGUGGACCUCGUGGACAGAUUGUCCAAGUUGACGUUGCCGAACAGGCCGACGGAGCAACGCGAGACCCCGUGUUGCACGAUCAUUCACAAAUCGCUCGAGAGAAUUCUCAUAAGAUAUGAGCGUAUACCGAACGACCUGAGCAUGGUGGUGUUCCCCGACGGCACUCAGCCGACGUGGACCAGGGCUGCGCCGGUGCUGAGUGGUAGCCUGACCAUCACUCUGUCUAGAUACCUGUACCACAAUCGAUGGCUGUGGCACGUGAAGCGGCCGCUUGUGCAGACCAUCCCGGGUAUCACCCUGCCGAAAUUGAACAUCACCGCGAUCGCGAGGAUACUCUCCACGAUCACGAAAAUACGUUUGACGGAGGGCUUCAACUUUGCCUAUUCGGCAGCCGGCAUCACGAAUAUGGUGUUGGAGGUGCAGAUGCAGGGCUUCGGCGGAAACAAGGAGUCUUAUCCGUGUAUCAUACAGUACAUUCUCUUCCCGCCUCACGCUGUGUCGAACGCGACGCUGGAACGCGACAGCGGCUCCGAGGAGGACACGGAAGAAGGCACCGCCGACGGGGAGGCGAGUAUGCAGGAGGAUUGCGAGAGCUCGAGCGAGUACCAGAUCGUGACGGAGGUCUGGAUCGAGCCGCAAUGCGGCUACGUGCAAAUGCCUACGCAGUCGACCGCUACCUACAUGCAUCCACUGCAGUAUCAUCAGUUACCAGACGCGAUUGCCCGAGUAGACGAGGAGUGUAUUAACGCUUUGAUGACCUUAGAGUACUUGAGCCUCUUGAGCCAAGUGGUGCCGGCGGAAAAGAGCACCGAGAUCGUGUUCGGGCAGUCGCAUGCGGGAGGCAGGUAUCACGGCGUCGCCGACACCACCGUGCCGAAAUGCCCCGACCCAGCCGAGCUUUUCGAAACUACGCCGAUCAUCGACGAGAGGAUCCACCCGAUGUACUUCUCCUUCGACACUCUGAGCAUUUUGCCGAAGUGUCAGCAGGCGGAACUAUUGUUCUCGAUGUUCGCCAAUGAUUCGGUGCAUAUCGACGAGGAUAGAAAUAGCGCGAAUAAAAUUCUUAUGAGCAACUUCUUGGAACAUAUCAAACAGCUGCACAACAAAGAGCUGCUGCUCACGUCGGCGGAGUCGCACAAAUUCACUAGGAUGCUCCUUGGCAGGCCGCGAGAGAACGGCCCGCCGUUACCUUUCUUUUUGCAAGGAGAGAAGAACUGUCAGGAUGACAUGUCGGAUAUUUAUCCGAGAUGGAAGUGUUUUGUUAAAGGGAUCAGCACGACGCACGUCAUUCUCACUAUCUUACCAGCGACCGAAAAGGAUGUCCGCUUGAUAACGUACCCGGCGUACGCGGCCGACAAUUGCACGAGCAAUAAUUCGGAGAAAAAUUUCGAGUCGGACAUUUUCGAUCUCGACAUGAACGAGAAGAUCUUGUCGCCUACUCUGUGCGCGAAGGACACGAAUGCGCCCGACUUCCCGACGUUGGAGCGCAGGGAGUCGAAGAUCUCCAGUCAGUCGACCACCGCGGACAGCACGUCGAAGGCCAAUGCGGAGCAGAAUUUCGCAAAUGCCGACAACGAGAACAGUCUUGUCAUACCCGUAUACGUGUACGAUUGCUCGUUAGCGUUGCUGAUCGACGCGCUGGUCGGCCGGCUGCAAACGCCCCAGAAUAAAGACAUCUAUCAGGAUCACACGUUCAAAAUCGGCCAGGAGAUUUGCGAGGACUUCAUCAAUCUCAAGCCGGAAAGCAACACGAAGCCCUCGUCCCCCGAGCCAAAAAGCGAGGACUCGGACAAUGUUUCCAGCGAUCAACGAAGUUUGAUGGAACACUGCAAACUGUUGAGCCUAGCGCACUGUCAUUGUUACGUGGUUGCCGUCUACAAGUCGCUGGCGCUGCAACAGUCCUUGAGCUACGAGGACAUGGAGGCUGCUGUGGCGCAGUGCGAGGAGAAUCUGAUUGAGAUUAACAUUACGAAUUACAUACGAUCGGUGUGCAGGCACUUGAGCACGUUGCCGAGGAACAGUCCACUCGAUCAGUUAAAAGUAUCCGCGUGCAACGAUGUCAAGCCGUUGCACAAUUUGAUUAAGGAUAAAUUCAAGAGAAUCAUGGCGGUCGCCUUUAGACCCGUACCUGCUCACCCGGAGUUUUAUUACUGCCUGCCAUCGUGGGUGUCGGACAAAAUGGAGGUGGUGUCGCAAAGGACGGAUAGCGACGAAUUCACGUUUCAUUCUGAAAUAUUGGAUCCAAACGUAGAUAAUUCCCCUAGUCAAGUGAAUCAAACCGCCAAUAUCACAUGGCCGGCCGUGAAUCUUCACAGCAACGGGAAACUGUCUCACCGUGACUCCACGGAGUCGCUUAUAAGCGAUCUUCAAGAGGAGAAUACGUGGGACAAGGAACAACCGCUUUUCCUGCACCUAAGCUGUUCGAUACAUUUCCAUUCCGAGUUGUCCAGCAUACCGGUUAAGGUAGUGCCUACUUGCUUCACCGAGAUCAUCCAGAGGAUACACGACAGCAAGGAGAAGGACCUCGCCGAGCAGAGUCUGGACUAUCUGAAGAUUACUCUGGACAUCAUAUGCCUGAAUCUAACGAGAGAAGUGUUGGAGGUGUCGUUGGAGCGUUACCCCUCGCUGAGAGCGACGUCUUACUGCAGCGCCUCACCGUUCGGUAGCGUGCGCACCGACAACGGUGGCAGUCCGAGCGCCAAGACCGAGCCGAUGCAGGAGAGAUUGCCGAACCUGCCGCUGUACCAGCACAGCGCGAUAAUCAGCCUGAAGGAUGAGAUCGAGUGGCUGCUGCGGGAUGAAACUGCGACGGCGCUUCUGGACCAUCCGUCGCCGAGCGCGGACACGUUGCGCUUCAUAGCGCACCACGUGUCGGACUCCGCCGGCAGAUCCAGCUGCUCGAUGGACAAGGUGCCUUUGCACUUCGUCUUCUCGUCGGAGAGCAGCGCGCCGAAGUUCCUCAAGGAGUUAAGGAGCCUCCAGAUUGACAAGUACUGCAUCUGCCAGGAGAGCGAUCUGUUUUACUUUAUCAAGAAGCCGGAAGCGGUGGUCCCUGAAGUGAGACCCGAAGCGUUACCCGUAGACGUGGAAGAACCGCAAUUGAAAGAAGAUGACGGUGUUGAAAAUGUCGAGCAAGAGGAGACGACGACACCAGUUACCGCAAUUCAAGUAAGCGGACAGGACUCGGGAGAUGCGCCAGGUUAUUAUUCAGAAAUCUCGAGUAUAGCCGAAGGGAAACACGGUACGGACGACGGAUACGACGGCGACAGCAGCAACUCCGAGGACGAUUUCCAAUGGCUGAUAGAACUCGACAAGCGCCGAAACCGUUUGCCGAAUUUCUGGCUGAUCCUGAGCGUCGAGAGCAGCGACGUUAACGUUUACUUUCACUGCAGAUUCCUGGAGCUUUCCUCGCCGGAAGUGGACUGUUAUUCGCAGAUACAGAAGAUGCUGCUCGCCCAAAUCAAAGCCAUAUGCCGACGGGUGAAUCAAUACCUGCUCUUGCAAAGUCUCAACGACACUCGCAUUUGCGACCCGCUGUUGGAGCCGGAAUCCAGCGAAGAUUACACGUGGAGGGGCGAAACCGGCGGCGACAUCGGCAGUCUCUUCCAAAAUCACGCCUCGGCUUCUCCAGGCAUGUUCAGGUGUCCCGUGAUCUGGGAGGAGCCCUUCAAUCUACAUCCCCGUCUCAAGACCGGACCCGGCAGAUCCGGACUGUCGAGGGGCAUCACAGCGCUGCACGGCGUGCUGAACAGGCUGUCCGUCAACAAUCGGAACAACAUGUUCGUGUACCAGGAGAACAACAAGAACGUCUUUUACCUGCGGCUUCACGAGCAAACGAACGACGGCAAGUCCCUGCAGAACAAAUUGUCCGAGAGCGACGAGAAGCUGGUGGUCUCCCGCAGCAACAGCGUCGCCUCCUUGUCGCGAACCAAAGGCAUCGCGAACGACCACGUGUUGUCGGACGACACGCGACCACGAGUCCGUUCGUUCGGCGAGAAGGAGUCCGAUAUAUUGAACAAGACCGGCGACUCGAUCAUCAUGAUGGUGCACGGGAUAUCGGAGGCUGGCCCGGAGGUGAAACGGGACCUGGUGCAAGUGCUGCAGAAUCGUCUCGACGACGCGGUGCUGGAAGUGCUGUCCGUAAUGUUGGCGCGCAAUCCGAUGUGCAAGCUAACGCCGGCGGACGUGCACUUCAUACAAAAACCUUACAAAUCUCCCGAGAGCACCGUUCAGCUGUCCGUGCAGCCACACUGUGUGCCUCACAUAGACGCUUUGGGCUAUUACUUGAGGCAGAACAUAUUGCAGUUCCUGUACACGCCCAAGUACACCGAUCUCGGCAUGAACCAUCAUUUUCAGGAUUACUCACCGCUGGACGGCUCGAGGAAGAGGGCUGCCGAGUCGGACAUCUUCCUGUACAAUCAGAGCUACAACUCGAGCGGCAGCAAAGGCAUAGCCUGCAUCGCGUUAGCCAUUACCAUCGACAAAAGUGAGCCAGCCGCGACGUCCGACGAGCUGAGCUUCUUCCCCAAAUUGCCGAGGGUCGAGAAUUUCGAGGGUAUCGUGUCGACCACCGUUUACGAUCACUCCAAGAACAGCUCCAGGCCGAGCGCGGAGACGUUGAUCGAGUUCCGAAUCUGGAAACAGGGCAGGGUCAACUUGGAGUCGCUGAUUCAGAAAUUGUCGUCCGCCGUGAAACACGGCACUUGGGACUUGGUCACGGAGUACCAUCUUCUGGCGACGCCGUUGACCGAGCCGGAGUCCGCCCCGUCGACGAUCAAGGAGACGACAGCGGAGGAUAAUAACUCGACGAUCGACCAAUACGAGCUCGGCGAGGAAGGCAAACUGAACGAGAUAUAUCACAGCACGUUGGCGCAGUGGUUCCAGUUCGCCCUGGAGAUGGGUGUGCCUGCUGUCAAGAAGCACGAAGUGAUCAUUCACCAUCGACACGCGAUCCCGGUGAUAGUGAAGGAGCUGCAGAAUCUUAUACGCUGUCAGGACCCGGACACGUCCAGCAGAGUCUUCGUUCUGCGAGAUCGGCAGCCCUUCCUCAAUCACUUCGUUGUUCCUCGCAAAGCGGGACCCGUUCACAAGUGGUCCGAGAGUAUCCGCAAGACAGCCGAGGAUACGCCAGGCGCGGACUUGCCCGUGUACGUGCCGCGUGAUUUCAACAGGGACGAGCAAACCAGCUGCAUUAAGUGUAUCUUGAUCGCGAGGAACUUUUGCCAGUGGAAGGCGUCCUCGAGCAGAAGGAUAGAUCCGGAACUGCUUGCCCCCAAGGAUCAGAAACAGUUGCAGAAAUUUAAUCCGCUGAUAUCGGAGUCGAAUUUCGUGCCCAGGCAAAGGAUACUGCUGGCCGAAGUACAAAGUGACAAUAUAAGAAUAUAUAUGUACAACUGGUCGAAGGAACGGUCGGAGAAGCUGAUGAAACAAGCGACCAGUCUGGGCACCUGGCUCUCCUCCAGGUCUAGCCUCUUCACCAACAUAAUCAUGCAGAAGCUGGGCAUAUUCCAUCACAAACUCACGCGAGACUCGCAGCAGCAGAGGGAACACGGCUCUCAGUAUUACCAGAUCACCGACAUGGAGAGCCUCGCGAAGUUUCCCAGCCAGUCGAACGCCGACAGCAAGGACUGGACGCGGUCGAGCAACCGAGCGCAGGCGCAGGUGAAGAACAGCGCGUUCUCGUGGAGCCAGGUGGUCGGACAGGCGAUGCGCGACGCGAAGCCGAGCGUAUCGUAUCCCCUCAACACGACCGACCCGAUCGUAAAGGCCGCUUACGAUUUGCAGGAUCUGCGACAUCGCGAGAAGAAGAUCAAAGAGGACGUGGAGAGACUGUACGCGAUGUGGCAGAGCCGCACGCCCAACAUACCGAUCUCGCUGAACGCCUCGAACACGUUCAAGCAGUACUCCCGUUUGAUACACUUUUGCCACACGCCUCUGCUCUUCCUACCGGCCUGGCGUCUGCAGUCGGCCGCUACGAGAGAUCACUCGUUGACGCCGCCGUCGUCUCUCUUCAGCUUGAACAACAACAACAACGCGCAGCAACAAUCGCCGCAGCCGAAGCAGAGGGCGGCCAACACGUUCUUGGUCAAAUGGCAUCAGGAGCUCUGCAAGUCGAUGUUGUCCGAGUACAAGCAGUAUCUGCAGAUCUUGGGCUUCAAUCCGAUCCAAGUGGAGUCGCCGCAUAAAACAGACGAGGAGCAGGCGCAGCAGCAGUCGUACUAUCUCAAGAAGUCCAUGCUGGGCGGAGUUUUGCUAUUCGAGAUCCACUUGUCGCAGCCGUUCUUCAUCGUCAAAUUGAGCAUUAUCGAGUGCAAUCGCUUGCAGACCAAGACCAGCAGCGGCAUGGUGAACCAGUUCGUGCUAAGCUUCGUAGACGCCUGCGACAAGAUCAAGAUCAGCAUGCACUUGCACUCGUUCACCUACGACUUCCACCUGCGCUGUAUUCAUUCCUACAUCGCCGGGACUGGGCCGUGGUCUCUGCAACAGGGCUACCAUCUCACUCACUUUCUGGACGAUUUCCUCAAGUACUACAGCAAGGCGCCGAAUUACGCGAGGAAUCUGAUAUACAGCGACGUGAUAACGAUACGGAACAUAGCGAUACCCGCGCGCACGUUGUACUCGUAUCUGCUGUCGCACGACAAGGUGUACGACAUGCGCGUGAUGUUCAGCGAGCUUCAGGAGUCCCAUGACAACGAAUACGUCUUGAUAAAGCUGCAGAGCACCCCGUUGGUCAGCUAUUGCGACGCUCAGGACACCCGGUACACCGACGACUUCGACGUGGCGCUGAUCGUGUCGCGCGUCGAGCAGCCGCCGCAACUGGAGAAGACCGAGAUCACCCUGAAGUAUUACCUGAUGCUAACGAGCAAGAGGGAAUUGUACCCAAAGCGGGAGGUGGAGAACAAUAAGCUGGGCAAGUUCAGGACGGUGUACAGCGUGGGCAGGUCCACGACCAGCUCAUAUACGGACAGCCCGGUGGAGUCCAGCCCGGUCUCGCCGAUACCGCCGUUCGUGAGGGACAAUUCCAGGACGGAGAUGUGCGUCGAUCAGCAGGCAGACAGAAGCCUCGACGGCUCCAACGGCUCCACGAAGGAGAGUAGCGAGACGAAGGACGCAGAGGUGAAAAUGGCGAGCUACAACAUUCACAGCAAUUUGGCGCCGACGCCACCGCCGGUCCCGAAUUCCCCUCUCGCGCAGAGCUCGAGUAUUCCGAACGCGACGUCGAGCGUGUCGACGUCGUCGCCGCAUUUGGUGCAGAUUCGUCAGGAAUCGGUCAAUUAUCUGGGCUACUACUCGUCACACGAGCAGCUCAUGCAGCAAUUGAUCAUGUCGCAGGCGCAGGCCGCUCGCCAGCACAUUACCAACAUGGUGGACCGCGGCGCGUUGCAGUGCAGGACGCAUUUGCUCUGGGACAAGCUGCUGGACAACAAGUCCACGAUGACAUACUCCGAGUUCAAGGAGCUCUGCUCGUUGGCCCACAUCGAGUCCCUGCCGAAUCUGGACCCCAGGCUCCGUCCGCUCGUUAAUCAGCCCGUCUCGUGGUAUCAGGCGCUGUCGAAGGUCUUGCAAAACAAGUACCAGGAUAAUCACAAGCAGUUCAACACUUCCGACGGGAACAUCACUCAUCACCUUAUAUUGGACCCGACUCUCUUUCAAGCGUUCAUGAUGCUGACGAUCGAUCUGCAUGCGUCGAGAGGAGACUUAUGCGCAGUUUACCGGAAAUCCACGGAGAUCAAUGUGCCGAUGAACAUCGAGGACGUCUACACUCUGGUCGAAGGUUUCGUCAACGCUUGCUGCUUCCACCUGUGGAUGGGCCUGUGCAGCCAGUGAUAACAUUCCGAUUACGAUGCGAUGGCACACUGCUUCUCAAGUUUUGCGACGUACUUAUGAAGAUUUUUUUUAACGCGCAGCGUGUCAUCAUUCAUUCGACUCAGCGAAUUACCUCCAGUAAUGCGCGUCACGGCGCACUAGAGAUGCUAAUAUAUUAUGGAUUAUUAUCACACUUAUACGAAAGACUUUGUAAAUAUGAAAUAUAUAUUUUCCUGUUACAUACAUUAAUAUUCUCAUGUAGUUAAUCGAACAAUAAUUUAUUCGGUAAUACACAAAAGUAAACUAUCUUUAAAGGGAGACUAAAAUUGUAACAUCGCGUAACAUCAUCGACGUCUGUCCAUCAAGGAAACUGAGAAGUUUGUAAUCAAGGACUUCGCAAUAACAAAAGAACACAAUGUUCCUAUCAGUUUUUUUUUUAUAUAUAUAAGAAAUACAACAUUCAUCAUUUUAUUCUGCGAAUCCUAAUCAAUAAUUCCCUAACAAUUUCGAAAGGAGCUCGAUAAUCAAUUGUAACGGUGCCUGUACGUGUUUCGCCAAUAUUGUCCCGUUCGAUGUGUUUAUAAAGUAAUAUCUGUUCAACUGUAAACUUUAUUUCGUUAAAUCUCAAGAGAAAAGAAAUUACACGUGUUUAACAUCACAUUUCGAAUGAUUAAUAUUAAAAUGAUAUUUAAUGACCAUUACUAUUAAUUAAGAAUUAGUUAUAAUUAUUAAUACUAGUAGUGUACAACCAUACAUCUUUUUAGGGGAAGGAUAGCGUUUGUAUUGUGAAAUCUUUUAGGCUCAACAUCUCUCCGCUAAUUUCUCUCUCGUUCUCGCUCUCUCAUCGUCACAUUCUCCUUCUCUCUCUCUCUCUCUCGUUCCCUUUCACUCGCACAGGCACUCAUACACUUAUGCUUUUGCUGCUCUUUUUUCGGUAAUUAACCAGGCCACCGUUGCCGUUGCCACACGUUGUAUCACUAUUCAAACUAUCGAACCGGUUAAAACAUAUCG